GCGAGAUCCCAUACGAAGCUGUACGACGAAACUUUGGGGGACCUCCGCGGUGCGUCGGCUCCGCGACACGGAGCAGAGCCACAAGCAGCAAGCCACAAGCGUCAAGCCACGAAUCAUUCUGCACCGCCACAAGAUAUUCCAAAACGCACCAAAACUUUUUUCGGGUCGCCAAAGUCACCUGACUCCAGACAAAAGGGCAUGAACCCUACGGCCGAAAAUUAGUAGUGGCAGUCCCGCCCGCCCUCUUUGCAAUCCGCAUCACGGCUACUACAUUCGCUCGUCGAUACUUGCGCGUCGAUAAGCGAAUUCCUUGAAUCAACACACCAACCGCGAUCAUGGCUGAUUCUGAAUACAACGCCGAGGAGGCCGCCGAGCUCAAGAAGAGAAGAGCGUUCCGCAAGUUCUCUUACCGAGGAAUCGACCUUGACAACCUCCUCGACCUCUCCUCUGACCAGCUCCGAGAUGUCGUCCACGCCCGUGCCCGCAGAAGGAUCAACCGCGGUCUGAAGCGCCGCCCCAUGGGCCUCAUCAAGAAGCUCCGAAAGGCCAAGCAGGAGGCCAAGCCCAACGAGAAGCCCGACCUUGUCAAGACUCACCUCCGAGACAUGAUUGUCGUCCCCGAGAUGAUUGGAAGCGUCAUUGGUAUCUACUCCGGCAAGGAGUUCAACCAGGUCGAGAUCAAGCCUGAGAUGGUUGGCCACUACCUGGGUGAAUUCUCUAUCUCAUACAAGCCUGUCAAGCACGGCCGACCUGGUAUCGGUGCCACUCACUCUUCUCGUUUCAUUCCCCUCAAAUAAGAGGUUGUGGUCUUGGGUGGUUUCUGCAUUCACGGACGUUUUCGGGCGAAAAAGGACUGGUUUUAGUAGACGGAGGAAAGCCGCUACUGAAGUUGUUGAUGACAAUGAAUUCUAUGAUAGUACAAUAAGAAGGAUUGUCUUCGCUUUCAUCAAACAGCCAGCCAUUAGGCGCUGUUGAUACAUAAAAACCAUUUCCCGCUUCGCUACAAGCAUGAUGCG